GAACUAUUUACUGUCUUCAUUUUAGAUAUGAUGGAAGUGAAAGAGGAGAGUCAAGCUGAAGUGGAUGAGAAACAUCAGAUUGUAAAAAUAAACCAUAAUGUUUCACAGAAAGAAACUCUGAAGACAGAAGACAUAAAGUGUGAAAAUAGUUUCAGUGAAGAUGAACGCCCUGAAGAUCACAAGAGGACUCACAGUGAGGAGAAACCUUUCACAUGUCAACAGUGUGGAAAGAGUUUUAGAACAAAAGAUUACCUUAAAGCACACAUGAGGAUUCACACUGGAAAGAAACCUUACACAUGUCAACAGUGUGGAAAGAGUUUCACUUUUCAAUCGAGCCUUAGCCGGCACAAGAAUGCUCACAGUGGGGAAAAGCCACACGGGUGCCAGCAUUGCGACAAGAGUUUCCCAGAUAAAAGUCAACUUAAGAUACACAUUAGAGUUCACACCGGAGCGAAACCUUACACUUGUCAUCAGUGUGGAAAGAGUUUCAUAACAAAACCUAAGCUCAAAGCACACAUGAGGAUUCACACCGAAAAGAGAAGACACCCAUGCCAUCACUGUGAAAAGAGUUUUACAACUGCAGUUAACCUUAAGGUACACAUGAGGUCUCACACUGGAGAGAAACCUUACACUUGUCAACAAUGUGGAAAGAGUUUCUCUAUUGAAAGUAACCUUAAAAUACACACAAGAAUUCACACUGGAGAGAAACCGUUCACAUGCCAUGAGUGUGAAAAAUGUUUCAGAAUUAAAUGUGGCCUUAUAGCACACAUGAAAAUUCACAAAGGAGAGAAACCUCACAUGUGUUUUCAGUGUAAAAGGAGUUUCACAAGUAAAGGUGCUCUUAAGAUACACAUGACAGUUCACACUGAAGAGAAACUGUUCACAUGCCAUCUGUGUGGAAAGAGUUUUAAAAUGAAACGUAACCUUAAUGAACACCUAAGAAUUCACUCUGGAGAGAAACCUCACGCAUGUCUUCAGUGUGAAAGAAGUUUCACAAGUGAAGACACUCUUAAGAGACACAUGAUAACUCACACCGGAGAGAAACCGUUCAUUUGUCAUCAGUGUGGAAAGGGUUUUACAAAGAAAUGUAACCUUAAUGCACAUGUGAGAAUUCACACCGGAGAGAAACCAUACAUGUGUCAACAGUGUGGAAAGAGUUUCAGGACAAAAUCUAACCUUGAUGAACAUUUGAUCACUCACACUAAAAAGAAACCGUUUACAUGCCAUGAGUGUAAAAAGAGUUUUAAAACAAAAGCUGCCCUUAACAAACACAUGAGAAUCCACACUCGAUAGAAACCAUUCAUGUGUCAACAGUGUGGAUAUGGCAACAAAGUUGGUGUACGGCCAAAAGGAUUGAGGCCGUUUCUCAAUAUGCGUUCUUGUUUGUAGUUGUGUUCUUGUGAAACGUCAUCAGUCGCUGCCCAAGUACUGUUCCAAUUCCAAGUUCCCAUCAAGUCAAGUUCACAUAACAUCUUAGGAUGUGUUCUUGAUCCGCUCAUUUUAUCGAGGAUGCAUCAGGAGGAGACUUGUGUUGACAAGUUUUCCAGAAUGCAAUUCACGUUAAUGGCAAAGGAGCUUAAAACCUGCAAAAUAUUACUCUCUGUGUCAUAAAAUGUAGCCAUUUGUCGAGAAUGAAUAAACUUUAAAUCUGUGGUUAAAUAGUAAAGAAAGCGCCUAUAUUAACAUUUCCUCUGACAAUUUUGGAUAUGUGAGUUCAAGUUGAUCACCGGGUUGUCAGUGCCGUGUACACCAUCCAGGCCAGAUUCAUCUCUGCAAGUCCUUCUGAAAUGUGCCGCUGUCUCAGUGCAGCUGCUCUGCCCUUCAGUGUCUGAUGGUCAAACAUGAAAUAUUCCCUUUGGAUAUAUAUCUGGCAUUUUUGGUCUCAUCAAUUAAUUUUCUUUAUUAUUCAUAUGAGGUCUGUUAUUUGUUAUUAUCGUUUUAACUGAUGUUAAAGUUAAGUUUCAUAACUGAAAUCACAUGUAUUUUCUAUAAAAUCUUAACACUGAAUCACUGCUUUUGUACUUUAACUAGAUUUUUACUUUUUGUUUAUCUUCAAAACACUAUGGGUGACGUCACUGAUACUACAUCCAUCUUUUUUACAGUCUAUGGUGCAUACGCUGAUUAGUUAAGCACAGAGGCAAUUUGGGGGAUUUCCGCCUGGAUUUGGCCUACCCAAUUUCAAAAGCUUCCCAUACCCAUUUACAUUACAUUUAGUCAUUUAGCAGACGCUUUUGUCCAAAGCGACUUACAAAUGAGGUACACAAUAGAAGCAAUUAUAGCAACACAUAGAAUAGCAAUACAUAAGUGCACUGGAAAUAGUCUCAUGAAGUCCAACACAGUAUACAUAGACAAGGGUUAGUGGUUUUUUUUGUAUGUAUAGAAUGUAUAGAUAGAGAUGAAGAAUAAAAGGAAAAGAUAGUAUGUCUUAUAUUAGGAGGUGAAGUAAUGGCGAAAGAGAUGGGUUUUUAGCCGAUUCUUAAAGACAGGGUCAGCAGAUCGUGUCCGGCAGAUCAUUUUGAGAUGGCACCACAGGCCGUCGUUCGGUGACAAAGAACAGCGAUUGAGCGAUUGCUUAUACAUAAGGCUGUAUAAGCAAGCGAAAGUAAGGGGGUGCUGACCCAGUGGUGGUUUUAAAGGCCAGGAGCAGAGCUUUAAAUUUGAUGCGAGCUGCUAUAGGGAGCCAGUGUAACUUGACAAAGAGAGGAGUGACGUGCGCCCUCUUUGGCUCAUUGAAGAACACUCUUGCCGCUGCAUUCUGAAUCAUCUGUAGGGGGUUGGUUGUGCAGGCUGGAAGUCCAGCCAGUAGUGCAUUGCACUAGUCCAGCCUGGACAGAACAAGAGCUUGGACUAGGACCUGGGUGGCAUGCUCAUCUAGAAAAGGUCUAAUUUUCCUAAUAUUGUAGAGGAUGAAUCUACAAGAGAGAGCGGUGCUGACAACAUGGGCCGUGAAGCUAAGCUGAUCAUCAAUGACCACUCCCGGGUUUUUGGCCAUCCUGGAAGGUGUGAUUGUCGGGGAACCUAGCUGAAUGGAAAGGUUGUGUUGAAUCUUUGGUUCAGAAGAUAUGACAAGCAGUUCUGUCUUUGCAAGGUUAAGCUGGAGAUGGUGAUCCUUCAUCCAGAUUGAGAUGUCACUCAGGCAUGCUGAGAUGCAGACAGAAACCGUGGGGUCAUCAUGGUGGAACGACAAGUAAAGUUGAGUGUCAACCGCAGAGCGGUGGUAGGAAAAACAUGUUUUCGAAUGACAGAACCCAGGGAUGUCAUUUAUAUUGAAAAAAGGAGUGGUCCAGGCUUGGAGCCUUGAGGAAUCCCCGGUAUUGAGACGUUGGGUUUCGGAGACGUCACCUCUCCAGGAUACCCUGAAUGACCUACCUGAGAGGUAUGACUUGAACCAUAGCAGCACUGUGUCAGAGACACCCAUAGCCAUGAGGGUCAACAGGAGGAUGUGGUGAUUGACCGUGUCAAAAGUAAAAUCAGCACAGAUGAUUUGGAGGCUGCCCUUGCCUGCCUUAGGGCUUCAUUGACUGAGAGCAGCGCAGUCUCAAUGGAGUGACCGCUUUUGAAACCAGACUGAUUGCUAUCCAGGAGGUUAUUUUGUGUGAAGAAAGAGUAGAGCUGGUCAAACACCACACGUUCAGGAGUCUUUGCAAUGAAGGGAAGAAGAGAAACAGGUCUGUAGUUCUGUAGCAUAGCAGGAUUGAGUGUUUCUUCAGCAGUGGGGUUAUCCGAGCCUCUUUAUGUGCUGCGAGAAAGGUACCAGUGGAAAGAGAUAAAUUGAUAAUGUGGAUGAGAGCAGGGAUAACUGAUGGAGAGAUGGCCUGAAGGAGAUCAGUGGGUAUGGGAUCUCGCAGGCAGGUAGUCGGUUGGCUAAAAGAAAAGACCUUGGAAACAUCCACUUAAGAUAGGAGAGAAGAGGGGUGGAGCGAGCAUGUAUCAGAGGUUUUGAUUGAUUUAAGUUGUGCGUACAAAAGUUUGGUAUUAUUUUACAGGAAACCCUUUGAAAUUUCAAAACAUUGUUUAAAGUGCUAAACAUGGUUUUAUGUGUUGUCAGAUGUUUUUUGUCAUCGAUUGUCAGCUUAGAGAAAAAAAAUCAUUUUCCUCUGUAUCAUAAUCUAUGUAAAAGUUACAUACAGUGGAAUAAAUGCAAAAUCUUUAUAUAAUUUUACAAAAAACCCUUUGAAUUUACAUCAAAUGCUGCUGGUUAUUACAAAUAUUGUGUUUUAUGUUGUUUUUCAUGAGAUGAAACACACAUUUUUGUGUUGUAAACACUGUUUUGAAAGUGGAUAACUCUGGUUCUGUGUGACCUAGCAGACUGGAAACAGUUCUGGUUGUUACCAGCAGCAGACAGUAAACACCCCAAAAAAAGAUCUCUUUAGCAUGUCGAAUUCAAAAGUUAUUCUUAUUUUACUGAAUGGAGUGAAAAUACAUUUUUCAUAUAAAUUUUGCACAUUUAAUAAAUAGCAAGGGAUUAUUCAUGCACACAACCAAAGAAAAUGCUGUGAAUGGACUCAUUUUUUAGAGUAGGACCUAAGAUAAAAGAUGGUGUAGCAUUUGUGGCUAUCUGUGCUAUCUAAGGCAGUUCACACUCAAGUUUCACAUACGUUAACAAAGACGAUUUUUUAACCUCAUUAUUCAUUCGACAAUUGUUGGAUAUGUGAUGAUAAUAGAACAAAAAUA